AUGUCGUCCGGUGCCAUGCAGUCCAACGUUGGUAAUCCCCAGGUCUACAACGACGGUGACCAGAGGCCCCACGGUGAGCAACCACCAGCGCCCUUUGAAGCUGGUCAAAGACACGCUCACGACAUUCACGAUCCAAAAGACGAUCAGACACUGGACAACAGACGAAAGCGCGAACGAAAGCAGGAGCGUGAUGCCGAGCACAAAGCGGAAUUGGGGACAGUCACUGACCCACUCGAACCCGCGCGGAGGCAAGGCCACGAGCCGUCGCGGGGAGCACAGAUUGACGCAGAAUUGCAGCAGGAGGAUGAGGAAGCCAUGCAGAAGAAAAAGCAGCAGAAGGGAUCGUUCGGUCCUACAAAGGGCUUGUCGUAA